AUUAUGACAUCCAAGAACAUUGAAUAGAAAAAGAAACAUCUCAGAAUAAAGUAUAAUGAAGUAAAAUCAGAAAUGGAAUCAAAUAAAGCAACGUUCGAGGAAGCCAUUUUAUCCUAUCUUAAAGGACAAGAAUUAUGGCCUGAAGAUGAUUUCGAAGUAAAACCACCCGACGAUAAUGCAGAAGAAAACGUUGAAGAACUCAUCAAGGAAUUAGUCAUGAAAGUGAACAAACGCAUUGCUUGCAAAGACCGGUACGAGAAUCUAAAACAGCUCCAUAAUCAGUACCCUUUAUUCGAUUUGAACGAUUAUUUUUCGGAUUUUUGCAUGGACGAAGAACUGAUGGAAAAAUUGUCGUUCCGCGAGACUUUGCUCAUCAGCGAGUUAGACGCUACAUCAGCUGGAGCUUCAGGGAGCAGACAAGAAAGUGAACCGACGCCGGUAGGCGGCCUAUGUCUUCACGUCGAAGUGGUCGACGCCUACAUGCCCGACCAAAGAAUGAACAAUGUCGACAUGGACAGGGAAAUCUUUCAAAUAUAUAAGAGAGCGAAACAAGCACUUCGAGCGGAAAAACUCGAGGACUAUGCCGACGACAAAAUGGACGAGGAACUGCGCAGAACCCUCCUCGAUUACGAGAGUUUUUUGCGCAACGAGACCAAGGCGAACGUGAAAAAGUUCGCGGUGCACUUGUCCUCGCAAUUUUCCAUCGAGGGAGGCGGUAAACAAGUGAAGGUCGCCGACGGCAACGCGGGAUCGAGGAUAACGGCUUGGGUCGAUCGGAAUUUUCACACGCUGGAAGAAAAGAGAACCGAGUAUUUUACAGACGAAGAAGGACAAUUCAAUGAGAAAUCUCUUUACGUGGCACUGCAGAAGAACAAGUACUAUCUGAGAACGACCAGUUCCCCACCAGAUAUCCAAGAAAGGAAGUACUACGGUCUAGGAAAAACACACGAUUUCGUUGGAGAAGGAGCCAGCUUCAUAUUGAUGAGAUAUCUGGCCGUCACUAGAUAUACAGGAAGUUUGGAACUGUCCACGACUUAUAUCAACGGAGAUAUGUGCAGAAAUAUUUACGAAUGUACCGGACCCAAGAUGGGAUCGGUGAACGAUAAAAAUAUGGAAGUCUGCAAAAUUUAUAGAUACAUCAUAGAAAAAUGCGGCAUAGAGCACCAUUGCGUAACAGUUUUAACUGUUCAUGGUCAAAUAAUCUCUCAAGAAUGGGAAGGCUGCAAUUUCAUUUUGAACAUAAACCCAGUACAGUAUGUUGAUGACGGCAAACCUUGUCCAUAUGAUAGACUGAUAUUAGAGAAAACCUGGAUAGAUGAUAUGGAGUUAUUAUCGAAAUAUCUCGAUUGCAAAACGGAAGCAGAGCUAAAAAUGAAGACGUACUCCGCCGACCACCCCGAAAUGAAAGACAUCCUAGCGGAUUAUCUGAACAACAUUCUGUUGCUGAAACCCGAAAACAUCCUGACGUUCACCAUGGACUUUUUCGAAAGCUUGUGUCCCAUCAAGAUAGCCAGGAUGGGCUACAUGGACCAAGAUAAUCGCCCAACAAACGACUACUACCGAAUGCCAUGAAAUUUUGACGUUUAUACAGUGUAAAAUUUCGAUAUUCGUGGUGUCAUUGUAAUAAAAACGACUUGAAAAAAAG